CCCGGCGGCUGCUCGGGCCGCGCGCCCCGACCUCACACCCGGCUCCCCGCGCGCCCCCCUACGGCGAUCUCCGGUCCCUCGCCGCCACCGCUGCCCCGCCAUGGCCCGUGGCCCCGCUCGGACCGGCGCGGGCCCGGGGCUCCAGCUGCUGCCGCUGCUGCCUCUGCUUCUGCUGCUGCUCCGGGACGCGAGCGGCAGCCACACGGCCUCCGACGGCCGGGCGGGGCACCAGGACGCGCAGCGGCUCCCCGGGGACGCGGCCGCCGCGCUGGGCUCCGGCGCCCGGGACAUGGUCGCUGUCCACAUGCUCAGGCUCUACGAGAAGUACAGCCAGAGGGGCGCCCGGCCGGGGGCGGGCAACACGGUCCGCAGCUUCAGGGCCCGGCUGGAAGUGGUCGACCAGAAAGCCGCGUAUUUCUUCAACUUGACCUCCAUGCAGGAUUCGGAAAUGAUCCUCACGGCCACCUUCCACUUCUACUCGGAGCCGCGCUGGCCCCAGGCGCGCGAGGGGCUGUGCAAGCGGCCGAAGAACGCGCCCUGCCGCCUGCCGCCCCCGGGCCCGCCCGCGCGCCAGCACCUCCUCUUCCGCAGCCUGUCGCAGAACACGGCCACCCAGGGGCUGCUCCGGGGGGCUCUGGCCCUGGUCCCCCCGCCGCGGGGCCUGUGGCAGGCCAGGGACAUCUCCGCCGUGGUCAGGGCGGCGCGCCGGGAUGGCGAGCUGCUCCUCUCCGCCCAGCUGGAUUCCGGGGAGAAGGACCCCGGUGCGCCCGCGCCCCACGCGCCCUACAUCCUGGUGUACGCCGACGACCUGGCCAUCUCGGAACCCAACAGCGUGGCGGUGACGCUGCAGAGAUACGACCCCUUCCCGGCCGGAGACCCCGAGCCCGGCGCGGCCCCCAACGGCUCGGCGGACCCCCGCGUGCGCCGGGCCGCCCGCGCCCCCGGGCCCCUGCAGGACAACGAGCUGCCGGGGCUGGACGAGAGGCCGGCGCACGCCCACCGUGCGCAGCCCCCCCACGCGCACCCGCUCUGGGCCAGCCCCUUCCUGGAGCUGAAGGGGCGGCCGGGGCGCAGGGACCGCAGGAGGAAGGGCCCGGCCGUGCUGGCCGCCGCCCCGCAGGUGCUGAGCUUCGACGAGAAGACCAUGCAGAAGGCGCGGCGGCGCCAGUGGGAUGAGCCGCGGGCCUGCGCGCGGCGGUAUCUGAAGGUGGACUUCGCGGACAUCGGGUGGAACGAGUGGAUCGUCUCGCCCAAGUCCUUCGACGCCUAUUACUGCGCCGGCGCGUGCGAGUUCCCGAUGUCCAAGGUUGUCCGUCCGUCCAACCACGCCACCAUCCAGAGCAUCGUGAGAGCCGUGGGCAUCGUCCCGGGCAUCCCGGAGCCCUGCUGUGUGCCCGACAAGAUGAACUCCCUCGGGGUCCUUUUUCUGGAUGAGAACCGGAACGUGGUUCUGAAGGUGUACCCCAACAUGUCCGUGGAGACCUGUGCCUGUCGGUAAGGCCAGCUGCUCCAGGGUGGAAGGGCACCUUCCUCCCAGCCCACGUCCAGCAGAACGCCAUCCUGGGAACUUUCCAGAGAGAGGGCUUGACAAAGGGCGCAGCUGCUAAUGCAGUACGGGGGCUUGGAGGCCACCCUGCUGGGUUACAGAAGGAUCUGUCCCCCGGGGAGCCAUUCUGGGGAUGUUUCAUUACGGGCUGACUUGGGCCCUAAAUGUCCAAGCCUGAGUCCCUCGGAAAGAAUCUGGGAAUGAGCCCUGGCCUGAACGUUGCUGGUGAUCUCUGCCCACAGCUCCGAAGCCCAGAAAUCCUGGAUGUGUUCAUGUGGUGGUUUUUUUUUUUUUUUUUUGUGAUCAUCAGCUCCGAACCUGAGAAGACGACUAUGCAAAUCUUAGGGCCCGGCUCCCCUCACUGGGUGAGACGCUGUGCUCCCAAGCUAGUUCAGAACACUUCAGGGCACAUAUUGAUGCUGAAAAACAAGGCUUAAGUAGCGUUAUAAAUCUUUAUUUUGUUUCAAAUUUGACUGCAUAAGCUUUUAUACAUACAGUAUACCCAUAUUAUCAAUUUUGGUCUCAUUUUCCUAAUACAUAUUUUAUUUUACAACAACAAAAAAAGGAGAGAAUUGAUACCAUUUCCCACAGAAGUAAUCCUGCUGGUGAAAUGUCAGUCGUUUAGACAUGCAUUGAAGUAACACAAACAGUAAUACGUGGGAAUACUAAAAAGUAACCAAGAUUUUAUAUUUUUGUAAAUUAUACUUUCUGUACUGUAGAUGAUGUAUGUUAUGUGCUUUUAUGGAAAGCUAAUAAAUUAAAGGUACAAUGUGGUGUCUUGAAACGCUGAAUGCUAUCUGGUCCAAACACUGAUCGCUCCCCAUCUGUAAGUUUGACAUCUGGGUGAAUGCCU